GGAAAUGUUUCAUUCGUCGGGAGAACCAGCAAGUCGGAGAAGCAAGAGUCCUUCCUUCAGAUAGGCCUUGAACUCAGCAACCACGCCAACAUGAAGGAGACACCUUUCAAAAUCCUCUCGGUUUCUCCGGGGUUGUUCGGGCAAAUCUUCAAGAUCUACUCGGACUACGCAUGGAGCGAUCGCCUGGUCUCGUUCUCCAAGAGCUCCUGCAUCUAUUCGGCUCCUCAAGUGUCCGCCAUCGCGUCUCCCAUUCGACGCGUGGAGAAGCGAGUGCUGGGCAUUAACACUCGAUUUGCUGUCGUGAAUCCGUUCGACCCCAGGGUCCUCGCUGCUACGACCCCAGGGGAGGGCAACUCGCUGCACUCGUCGUUCGAGUCACUGUCGAUCCUCUCCCCCUCCUUGGAGUCUUCCAUUGCUCGAGAAGACUCCAAGGAGGGGGAGAGGAACGUGACGACCCCUCAGACGCAGAGGAGUCUUGUCUCGACCCCUCUUACGCAGAGGAGUCUUGUCUCGACCCCUCAUAGAAGUGUGGUCUCGUCCCCUUCUGCCUUGCCCUCACCCUAUCCCAGUAGCCUCCAGAAGCAGGAGAGCAUGGUGCAAGUGGGGAACACAGAUUAUCGGGCUCAGUACAAGUCUCUUUCCAAUGAGAUGAGAAAAUCGUUGGGCUCGUCCGCCAGGUUGUCGAGGAUGUCGGACAGGAACCUGAUCUCCUCGCCCGACGGAAAGCUUCUGUCAGAGCACACUCGCAUUACUCUCAUCCCUCAUCACCUCACCAUCACCAAGAGCUGCCAGGUGCUUGUUGGCGGUUUGACGCUCGAGGCAGGCAAGACUGUGCUUCAGAGCGCUUCCUUCAACUCGAUAAAGAAGCACAGGGUCACUCGAGCAGGCUUGUCUCUGCUCAGACGGGUCGUGUUCUCAGCUCUGUCGUUCGGGGCCGGACAUUGCGCUGCAGUGACAGACACAGGCCUUGUCUACACGUGGGGUCAAGGAAGAUACGGACAGCUGGGUCAUGGAGACGACGUGGACAAGAUUAUCCCGCAGCCCGUCCCGAGGAUCAAAGGCGAAGUAAAGUCGGUCUCGGCCGGCUUCUAUCAUACAGUCGCUGUCACUCACCACGGCGCUCUCUUCACAUGGGGAGAUGGCAAGGAAGGGAAGCUGGGACACAAUGACAACGCACAGAGGUUGAUCCCGACGCUGGUCGCUGCGUUCAUAGAAUGGGGCAUGCCGGUCGCUGCUGCGCAGGCAGGAGGGUCACACACGCUCGUGCUAAACAGGAGAGGUCAGGUCUUCUCCUUCGGGUCUGGUGACUCAGGACGACUAGGGCAUGGGAACGAUAACGACCAAUGGAGCCCCACCUUCCUAUCAGCCCUCGAGUCUGAGAGAUGCGUCAGUAUCGCAGCAGGCUUCGCUCACUCAGUGGCUCUCACUGAUCAGGGCCAAAUCUACACGUGGGGAUGCGGGAAGCUCGGGAGGCUGGGGCAUGGAUCAGACUCUGAUGAGGUCCUGCCGAGGAAGCUCGCGCUGAUCUCGCAUGACACGAUCAAGGCCAUUGCAGUGGCGGCCGGGGAGGCUCACACCUGCAUCUUCCGGUCAGAAGGCUCGCUCAUCACCCUCGGACGGGUGUCGCAUGGCCGCAUGGCGGAAGGAAGCUGUGCUCAAGACAUGCUCGACACUCUCCACACCGCCAUCAGCCGUCAGUCCAGCAACGACUGGCAUCACUUUCCUUCGUAGCUGGCCUGACGAGUUUCAGGCGAUAGUAAGUUCCGGUCGGAGUCUUGUAAGAUAUGUAGAGUUUAGGACGUGCUUUUGAGAUUUUAAUGUUUGGGUCACCGUUGGUCACCGUGGCAGU